AUGUCAUGUCAAUGUAGUCAGGGUUCACUUCGUCUUGUCAAUGGUGCUUCAUAUCAUGAAGGUCGCCUUGAGAUAUGCUAUGGUAAUAGCUGGGGAACAGUCUGUGAUGAUGGUUGGUCUAAUGCUAAUGCUCAAGUUGUAUGCAGACAGCUUGGAUACCCUACUACCGGUGCUUAUUAUCGUGGUUCAGCCUACUUUGGACAAGGGACUGGUAGUAUAGUAUUAGAUGAUGUUAGUUGUGAUGGUGAUGAAACAUCUUUAUACCAGCAAUGCAGUCAUAGAUCUCCUCUGUCACAUAAUUGUGGUCAUAGUGAAGAUGUUGGAGUGGUUUGUCCUGCACCAUUUGAUGGUUCAGUUCGUCUUGUUGGAGGAUCCAACAGUUCUGAAGGACGUGUUGAAGUAUACCGUAGUGGAUCAUGGGGUACUGUCUGCGAUGAUUUAUGGGACUAUAGGGAUGCUACUGUUGGACUUCAUUUAGUAGUGCAUAUUUUGGACAAGGAACAGGAAGCGUAUUAA